GUCACGGAGCGGGGAGCGAGGAGCGGCGGGAGGGAGCGCCGCGAGCUCCGUGACGUCACACUUUUUUUUCUCCCCUCCUCUGACGUCACCGUGACGUCAUGCCGACCGUGCUGGGCCUGGAGGGCUCCGCCAACAAGGUGGGCGCGGGGGUCGUGCGGGACGGCGCCGUCCUGAGCAACCGCCGCGCCACCUACGUCACCCCGCCGGGACACGGGUUCGCCCCCGGCCCCACCGGGCGGCACCACCGGGAGCGGCUCCUCGGCCUGGUCGGGGCCGCGCUCCGCGACGCGGGGGUGGGGCCGGCCCAGCUCGACGGCGUGGCCUUCACCAAAGGCCCUGGCAUGGGAGCCCCCCUGGCUGUAGUAGCCACAGUGGCCCGCACGCUGGCCCAGCUGUGGGCGCUGCCCCUGCUGGCCGUGAACCACUGCGUGGGGCACAUCGAGAUGGGGCGGCUGCUCGGGGCCGCCCCCGACCCCGCCGUGCUCUACGUCAGCGGCGGCAACACCCAGGUGAUCUCGUACUCACGGCGCCGGUACCGGAUCCUGGGGGAGACCCUGGACGUGGCCGUGGGGAACUGCAUCGACCGCCUGGCCCGCCUGCUGCAGAUCCCCAACGACCCCAGCCCCGGGUACAACGUGGAGCAGCUGGCCAAGAGGGGUCGGAAGCUGCUGCCCCUGCCCUACGUGGUGAAGGGUCUCGACGUCUCCUUCUCGGGGCUCCUUUCCCACCUCCAGGCGGUGACCCCAAAAUUGUUGGAGUCGGGGGAAGCGACGCCGGAGGAUCUUUGCUUCUCCCUGCAGGAGACGGUGUUCGCGAUGCUGAGCGAGGUGACCGAGCGAGCCCUGGCCCUGACCCGCGCCCGGCACCUCCUGCUCGUGGGCGGCGUGGCCUGUGAGUGGCACCGCCGGGGUUUUGGGGGGGCUGGGACCCAG